AUGAACCCUUAAAAGAAGUUGGAAAUAUAUUCUACACUACUUAGCUUUUAAUCUUCUAUUUUAAAAAUCGUAUCAAAUAAAACUCUCAUUGGUAUUAGAUGUGAUAUUAUACCUAAAAUGCUAAAAGCCAAUACUAUAUACUAGACUGUAUAUUAUUCAUUGUAAAAAUAUGACACCACACAACUUACUAUUCUAGCAAGACAAGCAAUUAUAUUAAGGAGAGACGAAUUAAUACUGGCUUACUUAAAAGUUACGGCAGAAUCAAAUAUGAUUUUUUCAAAGCAAACAAGAUAGGCUAAUUUCACAAAAAAUGAAAAACUAUAACCAAUAAAAAAUAUUUCCAUUUCAUUUGAAAUAAUGCUAAAUCCUUAAAUAAUAAUUCCUAUUAUUGAAAUAGCCAUCGAAAACUAAGAAAUAGAAAACACAGAAUAGAGAUCCAUAAAUAGCCCACAAAAAAUAGAGACGAAUAAACAUUCUGUUGUUUCAGCUGCUAAUAAGUAAGUACAUAAAGAAUCUUGCUAAUAGUAAUGA